AGGCAGCGGGCGGGAGCCCGGCGGGGUUGAGGGGCACCAAGAUGGCGGCGGAGACAGUGGAGCUCCAUAAGCUGAAGCUUGCUGAACUAAAGCAAGAAUGUCUUGCACGUGGUUUGGAGACUAAGGGGAUAAAACAAGAUCUCAUCAACCGGCUCCAGGCAUAUCUUGAAGAGCAUGCUGAAGAGGAGGCAAAUGAAGAAGAUGUACUGGGAGAUGAAACAGAGGAAGAAGAACCAAAGCCCAUAGAACUGCCUGUCAAAGAGGAAGAACCUCCUGAAAAAACUGUUGAUGUGGCAGCAGAGAAGAAAGUUGUAAAAAUUACAUCUGAAAUACCACAGACUGAGAGAAUGCAGAAGAGGGCUGAACGAUUUAAUGUACCCGUGAGCUUGGAGAGUAAGAAAGCUGCUCGAGCAGCUAGGUUUGGGAUUUCUUCAGUUCCAACAAAAGGUCUGUCAUCUGACACCAAGCCUAUGGUAAACCUGGAUAAGCUAAAGGAAAGAGCUCAAAGAUUUGGUUUGAAUGUCUCUUCAAUCUCCAGAAAGUCUGAAGAUGAUGAGAAACUAAAAAAAAGGAAGGAGCGAUUUGGGAUUGUCACAAGUUCAGCUGGAACUGGAACCACAGAGGAUACGGAGGCAAAGAAGAGGAAAAGAGCAGAGCGCUUUGGGAUUGCCUGAUGAAAAGUUUUGAUACUUUCUAUUUUCCAUUGGUUUCUAUUUCUCUGAUUCUUCUUGGUCACAUAUAUAUAUUGUAAAUGCAGUCAUGUGCCUACAUCCUGCCACUCAGUGAGGGAGCAUGUACCCCAGGUACAUCUGUGAACUCUAGCAACAAUUUUUGACUUAUUGCUGUUCUAACUUUAAGGUUGUUGUGUUUUUUUGUUUUUAAUUAUUUUGCUUGUUAAUAAUAAAAAAA